CUAACUUUACGAGAGACCAGUGAGUGGAGAGACCUAAGUGAUGACGUUUACGUUAAAAGUAAACAUUUAAAUUAUUUCUUAGUUUAACUGUUCUUAUACAUAAUUAGAAUUUAACGAUCUCAAAUGUAUCUCUUUAUCCCUUAAUGGCAGCAGGUGAAAGAACUAGCCAUUAGGGUUUAUUGCUAAGUCAGUUUGAGAAAAAGUAUGUGACCCAAAGUUAUGAAGAAUUUAACCUGAGAGAAAUGAGUAUAAAAUCUAUCAUGGAAGAAAUUAGAAAUCGAAAGAAUAAACAAAAACGGGAGGAAAAGCCUCCUGAGUCAAGACAAAAACCGUUGGAUAUUAAACCUAAUCUCAAAAUCAAUGGAGAAGUGCCUCCAGCCUCAAAGAAUCUUUUGGAGACUGACAUGAUAGAUACUCAUCAGAAAUACACUGAUAAGCUAAAAAAAGAUACAUUAAAUAUUUUUAAGAUAAGAAUUGAGAUUGAUAUUGUCUCAGUUGCAUUAUUUAUUGGGGCAAUCGCUACAAGGAUGUACAAGCUGGAACAACCAAGGAAUAUUGUAUUUGAUGAGCUCCACUAUGGCAAAUAUGUCUCCCUUUACAUGAAAAAUACAUUUUUCUUUGACUCUCACCCUCCUCUAGGAAAACAGCUUAUUGCCCUGGCAGGAUACCUUGCCAACUUUGAUGGCAAGUUUAAAUUUGACCGCAUAGGCAGUCCUUACAGUGAAUCAGUCCCUUUAGCGGCCCUUCGAUUCGUACCAGCUUUUUUCGGAAGCCUUUUAGUCCCCACAGCUUAUCACUUAAUGCUGGAUAUGGGAAUGACUGAAUGGACCUCUGUGUUGGCCGCUCUUCUGUUUUUAUUUGAUAAUGCCCUCUUGACACAAAGCAGGUUUAUUCUUAUGGAAUCUAUGCUGUUGUUUUUCUCCUUAUUUGGUAUUCUUUGCAUUUUAAAGUUUAAAAAGUGCUAUUUGAAGCCAUAUAGUUUGGCUUGGUUUGUUUGGCUUAUAUUAGCAACUGUGUUCCUUACAUGUGCAUUGUGCAUCAAAUAUGCUGGGUUUUACACAUGCCUAUUGGCAAUCACAAUUAUUUUACAUGACUUUUGGAAACUGCUCUCUAAUAAAUCACUCUCUGACAUCUCAUUAACUAUAAGAUUCAUCACACAAGCAGCAGUGGGGAUUAUUGUGGCUGCUAUAGUAUAUGUUUCCAUAUUCUAUGUACACUUGACAGUAUUGUACAAAGCGGGGCCUCAUGACAGUAUCAUGACUAGUGCCUUUCAGGCAUCUUUGGAAGGAGGAUUGGCAAGUAUUACUAAGGGACAACCCUUAUUGGUGGCACAUGGGUCUCAGAUUACCUUAAGACAUACUCAUGGUAGAACUUGCUGGUUACACUCCCAUAAUGCAGCUUAUCCAAUAAAAUAUCCCGACAAACGUGGCUCCAGUCAUCAGCAACAAGUCACCUGUUACUCGUUCAAAGACGUUAAUAAUUGGUGGAUAGUAAAGAGACCAAGUAAGAAUGAUUUAGUUGUUGAGCAACCAGUGGACGCGAUCAAACAUGGAGACGUGAUACAGUUGGUCCAUGGUAUCACAAGCAGAGCUUUAAAUUCACAUGAUGUGGCCGCACCGAUGUCGCCCCAGUGUCAAGAGGUUUCUUGUUAUAUUGAUUAUAAUAUAUCUAUGCCUGCACAGAACCUUUGGAGGGUGGAUAUUAUUAAUAGAGAUCUCACUGGGGACAAAUGGCACACCAUCCAGUCGCAAAUAAGACUAAUCCACGUGGAUACAAAUGCCGCGUUAAAGUUCACCGGACGACAGUUGCCAGAUUGGGGAUAUCAUCAACACGAGGUAGCGGCCGAUAGGGUUCUAAAUCAAGACGAUACAGUGUGGAAUGUUGAAGAACACCGAUAUACCAAAUCUGAAGACCAAAAAGAACGCGAAAGAGACUUGGUAACUGCUGAAAUGAUCCCGACCGCAGCGACUUCUUUAAGUUUUUGGGAGAAACUGUUUGAGUUGCAUUACAAAAUGAUGUUUGCCACUCAAGAAAGUGUGCAAAAUCACAUGUACAGCUCCCAACCUUAUGAAUGGCCUUUGAUGUGGAGGGGGAUCGCGUAUUGGGUCUCUUCAGAUAGCAAUGCUCAAAUCCAUCUUAUGGGCAACAUAGCGAUAUGGUACUUGUCCACCGUGGGUCUAACAAUAUAUUUUGCUUUACUAGUGUUUUACUUAUUGCGACGUCGACGACGGUGUUAUGAUUUGACUUCGGAAGAGUGGGAUAAGUUCCAGCUUAUCGGCCAAGUGCUCUUUUUAGGUUACCUUUUUCAUUACAUACCAUAUUUUUUCGUGGAGAGAACCCUCUUUCUCCAUCACUAUCUGCCAGCUUUUGCCUUUAAAACUUUGCUGUUUGCCGCCACUAUAGAACAUAUUUACGUAAUUUUAAAAAUUAAAUUUUUAACCCGAUUACUCACUGUAUUCGUGUUAAUUAUGGUGUUUGUUGUAGUGUACGUUUUUAAAAGGUUUAGCGUGUUCAGUUAUGGGAAUGUAGCUUUAAGUACUAGUGAUAUUUUAAAUUUGCGGUGGCAUGACACUUGGGAUUUUAUCGUCCAUAAGAAUUAAAUUUUUAUAUUAUUUACACGAGAUAUUUAUACAGAUGUUUUUUAGAAAUUUGUAUUUUUUAUAUUUUAUUUAUUAAAUAUUUUAUAUUAAUAUAA